GGAUUGCAAGUUGGGCUCUCUAAACUACUGUGUAGAGUAGGGUUUUGUUUACUUUCCCCCUUUUUCGGUUCUCUUGGUCUUAUUCUUCUGGAUCGGAUGAAACCCAAGUUGUUCUCUGGAGAAGGAGAAUUGCUUGUAGUUCCCAGUGAGGUGAGGUCAUGAUGCACUUCGCCAUUGUUCUAUAGUAUCUUCCUUUUUGUUCCGUCAUGUCUUGCUUGUUAUGUGUUUUGAUUCUUUUCAAGCCGCCUCAUCUUGCCCAACCAUCUACGGACCUCCAGUACGACAGAAGAACCACCGUUGAGGGUCAUGGGCUGAUUUCUCCAUGUUUUCCAUCUAUCUGGGAAGCACUCGGAUAUGAAAGGAUCUACACCGGUCGCUGUGUGGUUUCGGCCCUGUUUUUGGUGUUUGGUUGUCUCUUGUGGUUGUGGUUGUGGUUGUGGUUGUGUGUCUGUGUGUCUGUGUGUUGGUGUGCCGUCGUGUUGGUGGUUAUGUUAGGCUGGUGUGCCGUGCCGUGCCGCGUCAUGUUGGGGGAUUGGUGGUUGGUGAACCGUGUCUCUCUCUCUCUCUCUGUGGGUGUGUGUGUGUCUGUGUUCAGUAAUAUUCUUCAAGUUUCCUUUUUGAAGAUCCUAUAGACUGCCGAUUUGGGUGUUGUUGCCCAAAUUCAUCAUGAGCUUGUAACCUCGCAUCGAUGGCGUUGUUUUUGUUGUCUGCCUGGAAUUUAAUUUAGAUAUAUGGAUGUAUGUGCUGUGUAGGGAAACACAUUGUAUUUGCUGGAUCGGUUGGUAUAUCGUGAGUAGCCUGUGUCUCGCCUCAUCCUUACU